AUGCCCUCUUGGUGGUUUAUGCAAGGGAGCGAGACGAGCUGGACGACGGAGGACUUCAAUCAUACAGACGCCACGAUACCCUUCUUGGGCUAUUUACCUUUUAGGAAUAACAAGACCCGGGUACCUAGUCACAGAAGAAAUACAGAGAGAGAGAGAGACGGACAUUACAACAUCAAGAACAGCGUUUUGAUUCACCUCUCAACACAACACAUCUCCGCAGCCUCAACCCAUCCAUCAUCAUCAUACAACCAGCCUACAUACCAGCAUUUCCUGUUCUUUCCCUUAGUCUCAGCCUUCGACCUGGAUCGUGUUCAAUCGUCAAAUGAGGACGAAUGGAGCUACUCGAAGCCAAAUCAAUGUCACUUUUUCCAUCCCCAUGUUUGA